AUGGACUUUGAAUCUAAUUCUUUUUUAUUUCGAGUUGUAACUAUCGGAGAAACAGCUGUAGGAAAGACAUCAAUUAUCAGCAGACUUGUCAAUGCCAGGUUUUCUGAGAACGAAAGUCCUACGAUUGGAGGAAAUUUUCUGAUGCACGAAGAAAACAUUGGCAAUCAGAAAAUUGAACUUCAAAUAUGGGAUACAGCUGGACAAGAAAAGUAUCGUGCACUUAGUCCAAUUUACUGUCGUGAUGCAGCAGUUGGUCUGAUUAUUUAUGAUGUUACAAACAAAGAUACAUUUAACAAGAUUGAUAAUUGGAUCAAACUAUUUAAAGAUGUCGCUGAUCGCGAAGCAUUAGUAUAUAUAGUUGGAAAUAAAUGCGAUAAAAUCGAAGAUUUGACUGUAGAAAGGAAUGCUAUUGAAGUUUUUAGCGACCAAGGUUAUAAUUGUUUCUUUACAUCAGCCAAAACUGGAGAAGGAAUAAAUGACUUAUUUCAUGACAUUUGUGAAAAAUUAGUAGCUCACAGAAUGAAAAUUCGCAAUGAAAGCUUUGUGCAGCUUCCAUCUGCCCAGAAAACUGAAGAGAAAAAGGGUUGUUGCAAUUAA